GCAUCAUGAGAAGGUGGAGCUGGCGUCGUCGUAGGCAUAGUUGUACGCUGCCUCCCAGGUUGAGCAUGGCUGCUCACUGGCAACCAGGAUUCGACGGCGGUGAAGAUCUAGGAAUAAAGCACUCCCCUAGCUCUCGUCUGAUCCCUUUCACCAAUGUUUACUUUCAGUACCUUGGAAGAAUAAAGCACCAGGAUGUGCCCGCGUUGGCGGCAAAGAACAUGGAGGUUGUGGUCUGCGGUUGCAGUUCAGCCUGCUCAGCAAGGCAGCAAUGGAUCCUUCUUCGCCUAGAAAUGGCCAAUUCUGUCAAGACAUCAUUUCCAAAUACAGAGUAUUCUGUCCAUCCAAAUUGUUGCAUCUAGCCAAACAAUUCUUGAUGUUGCUUUGAGCUAGCUGCAUGGUUCAGAGAUGGUUCUUCAUUUCGGCUUCUCUUCAUUUGUGGCUUGUACUGGCUGCUUCUUUCAGAGCU